AUGCCCGUUUUCGUGGUUUGCGUCUCAGCCUUGUGUCGGCUUGAUUAUGCCACGCAAGUCACUGACAUUGGAGCAGAGCUCAUCAACGAGAUGGGCCUCUCUUACACCGUGUAUUACACUGCUGGGUGCUGGCCUCCAGCAGGUCCCCUAGACGCCUUGCAACGACGGGCUCACUGCAACCCUGAAGACUUCGAGAUUGCGGCCAGCGAGUUCGAUGCACUCACCGGGUCCUUGUUGCGGGUGAGGAACGUCACCAAGCUCAAUGCAAAGCGUUUGACUGCUGUGAAGGUGACACCUGAUUGGCGUUUCGUGACCUUUCUUGGAUCCCUGAAAGAGGAUGUGGGGAACCUUUACGCAGUGGAUGCCCAAGACAAGGAUGCCUUGAAGGCCAUCCCGCUGCUGAGCCAUGCUCAGCUUUCUGCCUUGGAUGCUGCUUGUGAGAUGCACACCCAGCAAGUGCAGGAGGUCCUAGAGGACACGCGGCCGGACCAGAAGUUUGUACGGCAGCAGGCGCGCCUCAGCGGCUUCAAACACCUGCAGGUGAUCAUCCCCGGCAUCCCAGCAUUAGAGUUUGGUGGCUCCUUGCAGGGGCUUCCAGCACAGCCCUGGGGUACUUCGUUGGUCUACCGCGCGGCUUUCAGCUUCACAUGCCGGCAAGCGAUGCCCGUGGUGGAAGCCGUGCCCAUUCAGUUUUCCAAGUUGGCAGUGGUUGACUUCCAGCUGAAGAACCUCACCGGCGCCCGGGCUGGGCCCCAGGCCUUUGCGGCCUCCCAGGUCCGGGUGCUCAACACCCGGCCGGUGGCACCACCGAAUGCCGAUGAGGGCGCCACUAGCAAGGCGCAUCGAUAUUUGUCGCACUGCUGCCCACGCUUUGUACCAAGUAAGCAGGGCGCUGAGUUGCUCUUCGUGGCCGAAGACGUGGCACCUGAAGUGCAAAGCAGCGACUGGGCCCCGGAGGUCUCCCUGCCGCAGCGGCUGCUUGCACAGAUGCAGCUGCUGGAAGAUUCUGUGACUGGAAGGAAGCUGACAGAGGAGGCAUGGAAGGAUGUUCCUCAGACGCCCGGAGUCCGUGGAGCGAUUUCCGACAAGGAGAUGUCCCAGGCAAUGGAGCGACACGAGGCACAAGUCUUGGCUCAGGGAUACACAGGUUUCGAUUUCUUCCUUUUGCAAGCGCUAAAGGGAGCCCUCCCAUGCAAGGAGAUCAACGCAGACUCGCAGAUGUGGCUUGGCUUGGAUGCGAACAACGCUUUCGAUGGGCCAACACGAGAUGCCCUUCGCACCAGUGAGUGGCUGCCCAGAAUUCGUAGUAGCUCUGUCUUGGGCAUCGAUGCUCAAGUCCUGGCGGGCUCGUUGGCAGCCGGGCCCAGCAUGGGUCAGGUGAGCUUCCGCCAGUUGCUUUACAACGUGAAAAGCCUUGGCCAUGGCCUUGUGCUAGGUGGUUGCAAGCCCAUUCGAGCUGCGGGGCGACAGGGGCAUAUGCGCAUGGAAGCUGCGCUGGAAAGCGUCAAGAAGACGCUGCGUAUUAGCGAUAGUCGAGGCAAAUACACCACCUGGUUGGCGUGCCUAACAACUGAUCAGAAGGUCGCUAUUGUGGAAAGUGAAGACACCAAGAAUUGGAUCAACAUGUCAAUGCCAUAUCCCUUUUGGACCCGCAACCAUCCCUUCGUUUGGUGCUUACAUGAGCACCAAGAGUCUUGCUUUGAAGUUUGGUCCAACCCGAACCCCAACGAGUGA